AUGGGCCGGGCCGGGCUAGCCCUGCCCCCCUCCUCCGGCUCCCACGAGCCUGCUAACUCGUAUUCGUCUUUUAAGACAAGAGCUCCUAGGCAAGGAGGGACUUUUUCUUCUGACACCAACCGUCCUACUGCACAGGGGAUAAAAAGAACCUUUCCGCAUUCAUCUUCUCUUAAGCGAGAUCAGAUCAGGAAAAAACCUCUACGCGCCUUUCGCCCUGCGGCCCUGCCCGCCCCCUCCGGCUCCCACGGCCGAGUCCCGGUUCCCCCCUGCGGCCCUGCCGCCCCUCCUCCGGCUCCACGAGUCCCGGUUCCCCCUGCGGCCUACCCGCCCCCCUCCGGCUCCCACGAGUCCCGUUCCCCCCUGCGGCGCUGCCCGCCCCCUCCGGCUCCCACGAGUCCCGAUUCCCCCUGCGGCCCGCCGGGCUGGCCCGUGCCAACCCGGAUCAGCCCUCGGGCCUAA